AUGCAGGCGACGACCAACGGCCGACCUAAUCGUCUCUCUGCUCUAAGGCAGUAUGUCUCUCAACGCGACUAUAAGCGAGAUAGUCGCGGGCCAUCUCCACAGAGCACACCUCGGGCGCCACAGCAACAGGAGACGCUGCGCCCACCGCCACCACUGGAGGCGCCCCGAGCAAAUGUAGAAAAGAAGCAGCCUUGGUGGGCGUUAGCAGGGAAGAAGGUCGCGGAUAAGCUUGUCGGCGCAGAAGCUGCCAUGGGAGUGCGCACCGAACGGGUCCUCUUAUUUCCUGGUUGGGCAUCGAGGAAAUAUUUGAAUGACCCCAAAUAUGGAGAUGAUGCUUAUAAUAUCGAGAUCUAUGUCUCCGGAUUCGCGGUGAAGCAGCGCGAAUUCGGUAUUCUGACACGCUCCCAGAAAGGCUUUAUGAAGAUCGCGAAAUCCUUUGCAGCCUUACCUAGGCUGGACGAGAAGAUGCGGCCCUCGGAUCCUGUACUCUCGCGAUCGACCGAGGAUCUUAUUUCUCAGACCGACCUUCCUCCUAGGCCCGAAGAUGAUUUCGAUGUAGAGGCUGAGAUGCGCGCCCUUCACGACUUGAAGUCUCGCAAUUCAUCUUCGUCCAGCGUCUUGAGCACGCUUUCCAACACAUCACUCCAUUCGCCCGAGACUCUGCCUGCCCUACACAACCUCGAGACUCCUCGACCACCGUCUCUUUCGACUCCUUCAACUCCGACACAAAGUAGACCGCAGUUAACGCCCUCGAGCAGUUCCUCAAGCGUGAAGCGCUUACACCGGAAUCUGGAGACGCGCUUAUAUCCAUUUUGGGCUGCUGCUCUUCCUGCGCGUCAAGUGCGAAUAUCGCUUUACCCUGUGGACGAAAGCGACAAGAGUGGGAGGACAGAAGAGGAAUUGGACCUGCUGGGGGCGCCGCUCUUGACGCAAGUCGUCACCACCACCCCAGAAGGCGCAUUCCAGGCGAAGUUCACAAUCGCCUGGGAGAUGCUCUGCACGCACCCCGCCGGCAUUCACGUCGCAUUCGGGCCGCAUGAUCAUGAACCCGAAUUUCGCGUCUCAGCCGAGUUGCUACCAUCUGUGGCCUCAGAAACUGGUCGUGCGGCAACCUUGGAGAAGAUACGACAUACUAUCGCCCCCAACAUGCCGGUCGCCGGAGCUGAGGAGCGAGUACCUCUCACGAACUCGCAAGUUCGAGUGCUAUCGGACAUUGACGACACCGUGAAGUUUAGUAGCAUCCUCUCUGGUGCUCGCGCUGUCUUCUACAACGUCUUCGUGAGAGAUCUUCAGGAGAACGUCAUCCCUGGAAUGGGUGCCUGGUACGAGGAGAUGUGGAAGCGGGGAGUUCGCUUUCACUACGUCUCUAAUGGGCCAUUCGAGCUUCUGCCUGUCAUCCAAGAGUUCUUCCAACUUGCGCAUCUUCCUCCAGGCUCUAUACGGCUUCGCUCAUACGGCACACGCUCUCUGUUCAACGGCCUUCUCACAGCACCCGCUGUACGAAAACGCGCAGGCGUUGAGGAUCUCCUCACGAGCUUCCCCAACUCCCGGUUCAUCCUCGUGGGUGACUCCGGUGAACAGGACAUGGAGCUAUACGCGGAGCAGGCGCGCUUGCGACCCGAUCAGAUUAUCGCCGUCUACAUUCGUGACGCGAACACAUACGACGACGGUGGAGCUGGUAUCUCAGACCCAACGGGCGCACGCGCUUCGCGUCGUCGCUCCCUUGAACCCCCAGAGGCGCCGUUCGCACGUGGCGCGCGAAAGGGAUCUGUGGCGAGCAGUAUAGUCACCACCCUUAGCAAGGAAGAUAAGGCAGCUAUACGCGCAGGCUCUGCUCCUCCCUCCCCCAGCUCGCCGGUACCCAGCUUGCGCAACUUCGCGAUGACGCCACGCACGCGUACACCCCUUGCGGUCGCCACUGGCCCCAUCGCAAACAGCGCCAGCGAUAACCCGUACUUCCCUCCUGUCAGCAGUCUGCCUGAUCAGCUGCCGGAAAUCCCUUCCUCCCGCGGCGGCUCUCCGAGGAUAGCUAACUCUGUGUAUGGCGAGCCAGGGAGUUACACGAAUGGAGCUGCGUCAUCGAGCACGUCCUCCCUGUCGAGUACGCUCAAUGACGCGGAGAAGAAGCGCCUGGAGCUCCAGACACGCGUUUGGUCGGCCAGGCUGGAGAUGCCAUCGCAUAUACCUCUUCGUGUCUUCCGUGAUCCUGAAAUAUGUGCCAACGAGACGCGCGAGAUGCUCAAUCUUUGGCUCGGUCCGCGAGAUGGGUCGCCGGAUUCGAGAUCAAGUUUGACGAAAUAA